GCCAGCGCGCUACCACACGGUGGCACCACGGGGGAGAGGCGACAGGCGACUGACGAUAAGGAAGAAGCAGGUCGAGCAGGCUGUCUGCAGCCGAGAGCGUGAGCAAGAUGGGUGGCGCCGCCGGCGGUGGGAGGAACGGGGCGGCGACGAGGCGGUACAACAGGUCCAAGGUGCCCAGGCUCAGGUGGACCAGCGAGCUCCAUCGCAACUUCGUCCGAGCCGUCGAUUGCCUCGGUGGCCAGGACAAAGCUACUCCUAAGCUAAUUCUUCAGCUCAUGGGUGUCAGAGGGCUUACCAUUGCUCAUGUCAAGAGCCACCUUCAGAUGUACAGAAGUUCAGGACAUGACAUUAGAAAGAGAGAGAUGCAACCACGGCUACGACAUCUGAAGCACUCAUUCACCAUUGAUGAGGGAGGCCCCAAGGAAUUCAUCUGCCCGCCUAUGAAAAGGGCAGAGGCAGCAGGGCCAGAAGCUGCAGCCACGGCCACGGCCACGCACGAGAGCAUGCAGGGGAACAGUGACAUGGGGGCUCCUGGCACCCGGCGCUGCGGCGAUGAUUACACGCGAGCGAUUCCCAUGGGCAGCAGCAGGAGGAUAACCGAGGGCCUCGGCGGAUGGCAGCAGUGGCAGAGGGAUGCCGCCGCUCGUGCUGCCACAGCCGCUUCCACCCUGCGAGAGCUGGGAUUUUGGGUGCGAGGAACCGAGGAGCCCUUCAAGGUACGGCAGACCGGCAGGCCCAUAGCAAACCGUCACAGUCCUGUGGCGAGGCAGCUAUCUUCCAAGGAGAUCAAGGGCGAAAACGGACGCUUCUUGUGUGGCACUGCGGCUGCGACUAGAGACGAAGCUGCGGCCAGGAGACGUUCACCGUCGUCGCGACCGCCAGCCUCCUCCAUUGACCCAAAAGCUGUGGCCGCUGUCUCCUGGUGGCCCAGCGAAGAAGGCGGCUGCGUCCUCCCGCCGCUGUCGUCGUCGACCAGCUUGAGUGCAUGCUCAGGGCCGUCAGGCAGCUGCAUAUUCGCCAGGCAGAGAAGAGUUAACUUGGACCUUUCCCUGUCCAUAUGCGGAUCAUAGCUUAAUCACCGUGCUGAAUUUUGUACAUCAGUGUUCCAUGAUGCAUUGCAUGCCGAUGUAGUUCCGUUUGGAUAUCGAUGGUAGCGUGCAUGCCACAGGUUUGCGGUGAUUAGUUGUCAGUCUGGCCCCGCUUUUGUUUAACUUAAAUUGGCUGUCUAGAACUGUGUUAAUGAAGAUAUGAGGAAU